GCUAACUCCCGACCCCUUGGCAUACUCUCCAAAAUGCCUCCUGAGAUGAUCCCCAUAGACGGGGAGCAGAAGAAGCGCGUAUGCUACUUCUUCGACUCGGACGUGAGCGGUUUCCAUUAUGGGCCAGGCCACCCGAUGAAACCUACGCGUAUACGGAUGUGCCAUUCAUUGGUCAUGAACUACGGCCUGUACAAACGCAUGGAGAUCUUCAGAGCCAAACCUGCCACAAAGCGCGAAAUGACGCAGUUCCACUCUGACGAAUAUGUCGAUUUCCUGAGCAAGAUCACGCCUGUCAAUAUGAACUCGUUCAUUAAGGAACAGCACAAGUGCAAUGUCGGGGACGAUUGCCCAGUGUUUGAUGGCUUGUUUGACUAUUGCGCUAUCUCAGCCGGCGGCUCUAUGGAGGGCGCCGCUAGGCUAAGCAGGGACAAGUGCGACAUUGCAGUGAACUGGGCCGGAGGUUUGCACCAUGCCAAGAAGAGUGAGGCCAGUGGUUUCUGCUACGUCAACGACAUUGUAUUGGGCAUUCUUGAACUUCUGAGGUAUCAUCCUCGUGUCCUCUACAUUGACAUAGACGUGCAUCACGGAGAUGGAGUGGAGGAGGCUUUCUACACUACAGAUCGCGUGAUGACCGUCAGCUUCCACAAGUACGGCGAAUACUUCCCAGGAACGGGAGAGCUGCGGGACGUAGGCAUAGGCAAGGGCAAGUACUACGCUCUCAAUUUCCCGUUGCGAGAUGGCAUCACCAACGAGAACUACAAGAGUGUCUUUGAGCCUGUCAUUCAACAAGUUAUGGAAUCGUAUGAUCCCGGCGCCGUCGUGUUGCAAUGCGGCACGGACUCACUAUCAGGGGACAAGCUUGGCUGCUUCAACCUGUCAAUGCGAGGUCACGCAAAUUGUGUGAAGUUCGUCAAGUCAUUCAACAAGCCCCUGCUCCUCGUUGGUGGUGGCGGCUACACCAUGCGCAAUGUGAGCAGAUGCUGGGCUUACGAGACCGGUCUUGCAGCGGGUGUUGAGCUUGGCAAAGAAAUACCCAUGAACGAGUACUACGAGUACUUCGGCCCGGACUACGAACUAGACGUGAAGUCGUCCAACAUGGACGACAUGAACUCUCCCGAAUACCUGGAACGUGUAAAAGGCAUUGUUCUCGAGCAUUUGCGGCAUGUUGGCGGCCCGCCGAGCGUCCAGAUGCAGGACGUUCCGCGGAUGCCCGUCGACGAGCUGGUCGAAGACGACCCAGAUGAAGACAUGGACGACCCCAACGACAGACGGCCAACUCGCCGUCUCGACGCGCGCCGACAGGCAGACGGCGAGCUCUCCGACUCCGAUGACGAAGGGGAGGGAGGGCGGCGCAACCACGCCAGCCACAAGGACGCCGACUCUCCAACGACAGGGCGGAGAUUCGGCGCGCCAGUCGGGAUUAUGAGCACGGGCACUACACAUGGUGUAGGGCCGAGCGGCGCGCCGCCGGUCGCUGCGGCCACAGCUGGUCCGUCUGCAGGACAGGCUGCCGUCGCGGAACAGUCCGACAUGGACAUCGACGACGGCGUCCCGCUUGCACAGGCGGCGAAGAACAAGGCUGCGGCACCCGCGCCCACCACGAACGGCGCUGGCCCUGCGCCCAACAAGGAUGAAGCAGAGCGUCCAUAGUGCCUGUUGUAUAGCCUCAUCUGGUCUUCACACUGUGGUAUUAUUAGUAUGUUUGUUGUAUUGCGUUCGAUGCCUCGGCCUCAGCGUCCCUUCCUACAGCUAGAUGUGCUGGACAGCGUUUCCCCCAGAGGUCCAGUCAUGUGUGUA